UCUGCCUCAGGAGGGCGCAGGCCCGCCGCGACUGUCCCUUGUGGUCUCCCGUGGAGCUUUUUGCCACUCUGUCGUUCUACUAAGGCGUUCAGCAUAAAGACGCCAAGGACAGCGCGGCUCCACUCUCCCGUCUGUUUCGGUCAGAUGUCGAAAGUUUCGGCUAUGCGCGGUGGAGGGCCCCAUGGGGCCAGAAAACCUUCUCCCUACCUCUACGGGUGUGAGGCGGUACCGUCCUGACUUCCGUUUCGUGAGCGCUGCCGGAAGUGGGUUUCCUGCGUAGCGGUGUCCAUGGAGAUGGAAGAUGGCGCCUCGGAAUCGCCAGCUCUCCUCUACCCCUCUGGAAAUUCUGCUGUUCCUCAAUGGCUGGUAUUAUGCCACAUAUUUCUUGCUGGAGAUCUUCAUAUUUGUUUAUAAAGGACUCCUGUUGCCCUAUCCCUCUGCCAAUCUGGCUUUGGACCUAGUUAUGCUUUUCCUCUACCUUGGGAUUGAAGUCACCAGGAUAUUUUUUGGCUCAAAAGGGAACCUCUGUCAACGGAAAGUGCCACUUGCCAUCAGCCUGGCACUAACCUUCCCAGCAGCGGUGAUGGCAGCCUAUUAUCUGCUAUUGCAGACCUAUGCGCUGCGUCUCGAGGCGAUCCUCAAUGCUAUCCUGCUUCUCUUCUAUGCAGUUGAGCUGUUGCUGGGUAUCCUCACCCUGGCCGCCUUCUCCAGUCUGGACUCAUACUGAGAAUCUGCCUGGGUGGAACUGUGUGCUCUUCACAUACGAGAGAGAGAGGCUGCAUGAACCCUCCAUUUCCAUAGCUGGGCUAAGAUGAGGUUUGGGGUCCAGUUCUGUGGGCAAGCUGAAAGAAGAUUCAGCCACACUCUUUGCUUCAGAUACAUUCACGUGGAGGGCCAUCAGCAGUGUUUCCAAUCAUGAGCUAACAGGCCCAAAAAUGCCCCAGCACAUCCCCACCAUCACCCUUGUAUUCCUUCUAGAGGAUGAUGGUUGAUCUUUUCCAGCAUCGCAGCUUGGAAAGUUGACGCUUGCAAGUCAGAAAAAUGUGGACCUAAUCAGUAGAUUUUGCCUGCAGCAGCUGUGUCCUUCAGAUUCCACAGAGUGUUGCAUUCUGACGUGGACUCAAGUCUCUAGCAAUGUGUGCAGUGACUCUUGGUAGACCAUCUUUGUCUGACCCUACCUAACUAGCUGUUACCUCCUAAGCCCUAUCCCUGAAAGGGAGUGGGGAUGAGGGCAGGAGGCCUUGUGCCCCUGCCCUGACACAGUGUUGUGGUUGUGUGUUUUGGAAAUUUGUGAUACUUGGUUUUCUACUGUAUCCUUGGAAUAAAUAUUUAUUUUUCAA